UGACCGGGCAUGUGAUGCACCAACACCUCCCUAAAUCCGGGAGUCUCAGCUGAUGUUUUAUUGCUGAUUUAAAGUACAGUAACAUAUGAAGUUAGAUAGAACAGCGCUCUCAGCUGGCCGUGUUGUAGCUCUGCAGCUGUCUGUGAUUGAAGUCAUGCGAGUUAACAUGAGGCGGACAGGGGAGGAGAUAGUAAACAGCGGACCAUAAACAGCAACAACACUCGGGCUUCUUGUCUGUGACACAAUUAAUCUCUGAAGGGGAACAUAUCGACUCUCUACGGGUGUCCAGAUUCUUUGAGAGCCCCUCGGUGUACGCAUUACUGAUUCAUUUCAUCAGCACACAUCCCUUCUGGAUCAAGACAGGUCCAGCAUCUGUGUGAAGAGCUCUGUUGACCUGUAGGGUGGGGGCAGGAGCACACAGCUCCAGAAGAUGGCAUCACCCUUCGUGCCUGUCCCUGUGCCCUUUGACAGAGCCUCACCCGGAGGUAGCAGCAAGCUCAGACGGCCGACCCGAGCCUCAUCACUCGGCAGUGUCUCCAGCAGCUCUGACUCCUCUCUCAACAGGGCCGUAGGAGAGGACCACAAUGGACGAGUAUGUGGAGGAUUGAGUUCUCAGCGUCAGUCUCGCUGUACGGACAGAGGCACACGGAGCAGGACCCCACCUCUGCAUAGUCCUGUGACACGGGCAAGGCUAAACGGGGCUCUGGACCACUCAGUGGAGUAUUCCACCUGUCCUCGCUCCAUGUCGGAUCCUGUUGGGAGCCAGCAAGAUGAGGAGAGGCCUAUUACCCCCACUGUGCUGGGCUAUGAGGUCAUGGAGGAGAGAGCCAAGUUCACGGUGUUUAAGGUCCUGGUGAGGAAGAGUGCAGACGAGAACUGGGUUGUUUUCAGGAGGUACACAGACUUCUCCAGGCUCAACGACAAGCUGAAGGAGAUGUUCCCUGGUUUCCGCCUCGCUCUGCCUCCAAAGCGCUGGUUCAAGGAUAACUACGACAGCGACUUCCUGGAGGACAGACAGCUGGGACUACAGGCCUUUCUGCAAAACCUAGUCGCACACAAAGACAUUGCUAACUGCGUGGGGGUGAGAGAGUUUCUGUGUCUGGACGACCCACCCGGACCUUUUGAUAGUCUGGAGGAGAGCAGAGCGUUCUGUGAGACUCUGGAGGAGAGCAACUAUCGCCUGCAGAAAGAGCUGCUGGAGAAGCAGAAGGAGAUCAUGUCCCUGAAGAGACGGCUGGAGGAGAAGGAGCAGGCCAUCCUGCAGCUGGAGAAGCAAAUCAAUGGCGAGUGUGUGAGCCCUGGGUCUCUGUGUGAUCUGUCAGCUCAAGGCAGUGAGAGCAGCGUGGAAGUGGACGUGGAGUCGUCAGCUGCAGAAGCUGAUCAGGACAUGCCUGAAGAUGGCGGCAGCGCCGCUCCAAUCUGAAAAAGAGUCCCGUAAAGUGUGAGUGGCAGAUGUGAGGUCCAGCCAGUGCGAUCCUCAGCCUGUUGGUGCGGGCCAUCGCUCAGCGCGUCUCCUCCGGUCAUCCAGGUCACUCAGCUCUUCCACCAGAAGCUGGAACACUAACGCAAACACUCCUCCUCCUCCUCUUGUCCUCUACUCUCCUUCUGUUUCUGUCCUUUUCUUUUUUGUACAUUUUUUGCCCGCCCUCUGACCUGACUGUUCUUCCUCCCAUUACAACCUCCCUCCAAACCUCCCUGAUCAUGGCCGCUAUUUCACCCUCCAGUUGUGGAUCUGCUGCAGUCCUUGAACUUGAGACCAGUGUGAACGGGGCUGAAAGGGAGCUCUUCCCCUGCAGCAGUUGGUUUGACUUAUAUUUCCCUGUAUACAUUGGGUGGUGGGAUAUUUUAUCUGGCAUCUGCAGGAGAAUCCUACUGAGAUAUAAUCUGAACUUACACGACAAUUCUUCUGAAAACCUCAGACUGAGUUUCUCAAACUGUGCAGGGACGCCUCAGUCCUCCGACUGUGGCCACCUCAUCCUGCGGUCACAGAGCUAGAGUUUGGCUUCCUGACCCAAAAAAAAAAGGAACUUGAAGACACACACCGCCUGGGUGGUUUGAUGACUUACAAAAGUGACAAUCUUGAAAUUCAUCUCAUGAGUUGCUGCAGACGUGCAUUGCCUUAUGGCUUCCUGAUGUGAAAGACAGCAGAGAAACAACGCCCCCAUGUGGCUGCAGAGAUACAAACGAAGUCUGGAUAUGUUCAAUAUCUCAGGAUCAACAUGAGCAACCAGGUGGGUAUCAUAGAGAAUUAAGACUUACUGUUAGCAGGUAGACCCAUGUCAUUUCUUUAUACUGCCAUAGACUCUCACUUAAAAACUCUACUGUUCUCACUAUCAGUUCACUCUAAUGUUUUCUCAUGUCAGUAGUGCCGUGUGUGAUCUCUGGUGAGGUCUGAGACAGACAGUAAAAUUGGGAACAUACUGUACAGAGACAGAGCCAGGGGACAGGGGCCUAAUGUUGCUUUCUGAGGAAUGUAACAGUAGAUGUAAACACUAUCAUGUCUCGUUCCUCCUAUACUCACAUAAAUCCUUCAGCUGCUUCUGUUUAUUAUGACAGUUUAAGUAAACUCCACUAAUAUUUAUCACAGACCUCCCCUGGCGCCUUGCAUCCUAACAGUGUGUGGACCGAGACUUGACCAGAUAACCCAAGGUCUGAAAGGUAUUUGGAUGUGGGGGGUUCAGCCAUUUUACAAAACUGCAUGUUUUUUUUGUAUCUGACCUUAUGAUGCGUAUCAUUUAGAUUUUUAUCUGCUGACGAUUUUUAAGAGAACCACUUCUUGCUUACAUGAAUAGCAUUAGUUUUGCUAAUCAGAGCGUUGGAAAAUAACAUGAAAGCUCAGAUCUAACAGAUAUGCCGGUCCGCAAAUUGGAGUGUCCUGACUGCCCGUGAGCGAUGCAGCAUGAAACGAUGCCCCAUGCCAUUUUUACCCCGGUAGCCCGUUAAUAUUCUUAUCCCUGUCAUUCAUGAAGACAUGUUGAGGAAGUUGAAAUAUAAAGAUUUGAAAAGAAAAUACUCCUCCAUCUGGGACAUCUCCAGCUGCUCACCUGUGAUCAGCUGAUAGCAGUGUGAUUUGUUUCGGAUUCAUUAAGCGUCUCUUGUUACGUAUUUUGACACGAUGUCUGUCACUUGCAUGACACACAAUUUUUUGUAUUAUGGCUGAACUUACCCCCUUUAAUAAAAUAAUGUUAUUUAUUAACCUGGUUCCUAUUUUAACACAUUUUAGGGUUAAAUUUGACACGAAUACCAUCAUUUUUGGAACUGCAUGAUUAAAGUACUUCAGCAGCCAGCGGUGAAACAAGCUGCUGGUUUCAAAAACUCAACUAAGUCCCUAAAAAAGAGGUCUUUCUGACCAGGCGCCAGAGUCCCAAAGGACUAUGUUGCAGCCAUUACAGCCUGUGUUACAGCUGUCGUCUGAUCUCAAUAUUCAGAGCAACUCUAAAACUUUGCACUCGUUUUUUAACUAAGAUUCUAAAAUAUGUAAAAGAAAAAACCAACAAAAAAAAACAUGAUAAUAAAAUAAAACAAUGGGCCAGGUUUAAAAAAAAAAACGGAAUGACCCUUUAAACUGAUUGAAAACAUGGUGAGGUAUUCUCAGAUUCAGGAAAGCAGAAAGAACCCUAGUUUUUUCAUCGUCGCGCUGCUUUAAAGAAAUAAAAAGUCUCUACCUGAGAUACUACUGAUCAGAAAACAGGAGAUAUGAUGAGACUUUGUUUUGAAUAAGUCUAAGUCUGUAAAUAAGUUUCAGGACUGUUCUAAUAUUUGGUGUAGUGGACUGUUGAACACUCAGCUGAGCUCUCUGUGUCCAAACUGUCAACAGGACUCCUCUUCAUCCUCAAAGCCAUAUUUUUAAGACCCAAAUAACUUUGAAUACUUCACAACGAGUGAAGCUGGCAGACGUGCUGCCGCUUCCUCUCUCUGAUGACGAUUUUAUGAAGUGUGUAAUAACCACAGCUAAUGUUUGAUAGUCUCGAACCGGCCUGGGAAGGUCAUGUGAUGCACUUUAUGGAUGAAUGGCAACCCAUAAUGUUUGCUAGGAUUUGUUUUAUACAGCUUCAUGUGUUUGAGACAGACACGUGCCUUUUCUAACACUGAGUCUGUCUUUUUUUUUGUGUUAGUAUGUGUGUCAUGUAUCUGGGUUUUGUUCUGCUUUAAAUUCCUCUCAUGCAGAAGUGCCUUAGAGAUCUUUCACUUUACUUUUCACGUGUUUAAACAGCUUUAUAAAUUUGUGUUUCACUGCGUUCCUCUGAUGGUUUUUAUCCACACUCUUAUGUAAAUGUUAGGCUGAACCGAAAUGUUUUUGUAAUCCUAAGAAAUUAUAAUCAAGUCUUAGUUCACAUAUACACGUGUAGUUGCACUAUAAAAGAGUUCUAUGAAUAACACUUCACUACUUAAGUCCUGGAUUUAAAGGGAUAAUCCACUGAGAAAAUCUGGUCUGUAGAUACUAAGAUCUUUAUCAGAAGGAAAUAUUUAAUUCCCACAUUAAUAAACAUGGAUGAUGUAUGA